GAGCAGGGGAGUUUGGAAGGAAACAGUGCAGACGUAAUUGUGAGAACGACUUAAGAAAAAGCGAAUUUGUUGAUUUGGAACACUUGCAAUAUGAGACCUGAAGACUAAAAUCGCCAAAAUAUAUAUUUCCCAAUAUUGUCACAGCGCUGGUUAUUACCAAAUCUUUCAGAAGAAUCAUCAUGCCUGAGCAAAGCAAUGACUACCGAGUGGUGGUGUUUGGAGCUGGAGGAGUGGGCAAGAGUUCCUUGGUUCUGAGGUUCGUGAAAGGGACCUUUAGGGAAAGCUACAUCCCCACGGUUGAGGAUACCUACAGACAGGUGAUCAGCUGUGAUAAGAGCAUCUGCACCUUGCAGAUCACAGACACCACUGGAAGCCACCAGUUCCCAGCCAUGCAGCGCCUGUCCAUCUCCAAGGGCCAUGCAUUCAUUCUGGUCUUCUCCAUCACCAGCAGGCAGUCCCUGGAAGAGCUAAAGCCAAUAUUUGAACAAGUCUGCCAAAUCAAAGGGGACGUGGAGAGCAUCCCUAUCAUGCUGGUUGGGAACAAGUGUGAUGAGACUCAGAACCGUGAGGUGGAGACCAGUGAUGGAGAAGCCAUGGCCAAGAAGUGGAAAUGUGCCUUCAUGGAGACUUCGGCCAAGACCAACCACAACGUCAAGGAGCUGUUCCAAGAGCUGCUGAACCUUGAAAAACGCAGGACUGUCAGCCUCCAGAUUGAUGGGAAGAAGAACAAGCAGCAGAAGAGGACAGAGAAGCUUAAGGGCAAAUGUGUGGUCAUGUGAAACUUGUAGAUAAACAAACCUUUGUGGAUUUCACAUAACUGAACUUUGUUACCAUGAUGACCACCACCACCACCAACAAUAACAAAAGUACUAAAUCAAGCUAAAAGGAGAUGGGAGCUGUGUUGCUCAUCCUAUGUAUAACCUUAUUUAAUUUAAUGCAGGACAAAAAUAAGCAUCACUUCCUCUGCCUCUGCACAGAAAGGCUUUGCAUUAAUCAAUAAUGCUAAGUGCAACAGAGGAAAAAAUAAACUCAAGGGCAAGUUUGACCUAAUGCAAAAUAUCAGCUUUCAGCAGCAAACCCCCUCCCCCCCCACACACACACACUUUUGUUUCAUUAUAUGAACCAGUUAUAUCAAAGGGGGUGUAGAAGUGAUCCAUCCAUCUGUAAAUAAUGUAACACCAGUCACUUUUGACCUGAGGAGUAGAUGAGAUGUUUGAGAAACUAAACAGAGCAACCCUGUUUCUAGAACUGUUUUAACGGAACAGAACGAAACAAAGAACAUCUGUUAGAUUUAGAACACCUUUUACAUCGUUUUCAAUAAUACUGUGGUAGGUUAGAAUAGCAGUACUUGUGAAGGGCUGGUGAGAUAAGCAUCUGUUUGGAAAGAUGUAAAUAACUGGUCAUUUAGGAGGCGAUUUCAGAACUUUCGUUUUCAAAUUGUUUUUGGAAUGUUUUUAUUUUCACCCAAAUAUAUAUUUUGUACAACUGCAUACAUUAAAAAGAAUAUGUUUUUAUUUUUUUUUGUGGAAAUAGAAAAUUGUGAUAAACCACCCUACUGAUGCUUAUCAGAUACAAAAAUGCCCAAAAUGCAGAGGCACUGAUGCUUUACACAAUGCCAUAUGUGAAAGUUGCUGUAAUUUUGGAUUUUUUGGCAACCAACAAUACCACUUUUACAUGAAGUGAAUGAUAAAGUAAUAUAAGCACAUGUAUUUGUUUAUUUACAUGUACAGAUUAACAUUUGCAACACAUUGCAUCUAAAUGCAAUGAUAGACAAGGACUAUGACUUAAACUGAGCUGUAGUUUCUGGGAAUAGGGAACCACAGCCAUAAGCUGGCAAUAACAACAGGGAAGCUUUGGUAGAAAUUAAACUAACAAAGUGCUGUCACAGGCUUAUUUUCGACAAACGUUGGUAUAUAAAAUGACGGCAGUACCCAAAAGCAGAGCAGUCUUAGACAGCUGUAAGUGAUAAGAAGUAUUUGCUGAUGUUUAGUCCAUCAGUAUGCUUUUUGCUGAUGACAUGCUUAAAGAGAAUGGAGUUCUCGAUUUAACAGCAAUAGUAAAUAGAUUAGUUACGUGAUUUUAUAAGCACACUUCCUGAAUAGUUAAUGUAUGAGUUGCCGGGAGUGUCUGUAUAGAUCUUUUGUUUCUAUUGUUUUCUAGUCUAGUCAGCUGCCAAAUGUCAAUAUAGUUCUGUGAGUUCUGACUACCAGUAAGGGUACCAGGUAUAUGCUUUUACUGAAACAGUCUUAACGUUGGUGAAGCUGCAUAGCAUUUUUCUUUCCAUGUACUUAAGGCAUUUCUUAAUAGCUCUGUAAAGCAAAAGAGUAGAGUAAUAGAAAAAUGAAUUAUUUAUGCUGAAGAAAUGAAAAGGGACUUGCCAUUUUCAUAGAUUGAGGGGAAUAGCACACUAAUGUAUAUAUUUUUAUUGUCAGCGAGACCCUGUUUAUUCAACAGCUACAUAAUUCUAUUGCUAAAUUGUAUGGUUGCAUUGGGUGUCUUUGUAACGUCACUUUAAAACAAAAAUAAUGGCCAGAUACUUACCUGUCUAUAAAUACUGAUAUAAUUUAUGUGCAACAAUGUGAAAUGGAUAACGCUUUUUAAAUUAUGUAACACAACCCAAUUUUAUUUAAUAUACGUAUAGGGUUCAUUUAGGAAAUUUAUUCUCCAGGAGAAAAAAAUGAUACAUUUAUAUGGACUGGGAAAGUGCUCAAAAGCAUGAUUUCUAUAGCUAUUUUUUAUAUUAUUAUUAUUAUUAUUAUUAUUAUUAUUAUUAUUAUUAUUAUUUUAUAAAGGAUAUGCAUUGGUUUUAAAAGCUGAAAUGGUGUUAUUUAUCUGAGUUACAAGGUUUUAUUUAUAUGCCUGUAUAUAAUUCAUGUGUGCCUACAAGUUUCUAUAUAUUUUCCAGUUAUAUCUUGUAUGUGUUAUGCCAUUGAAAUAAAUUAAGUUAUGCAUUUAAUAAAUGUGUUUUGGGUUAUUAAUUUUUUUUUCUUUUGUAUUUACUCCCCCUCUCCCCCACCA